AUGGCAGGGUUGCAGGAUGGCAGGAUGGGAGGAUGGGAAGAUGGGAGGAUGGGAGGAUGGGAGGAUGGGAGGAUGGGAAGAUGGGAGGAUGGGAGGAUGGGAGGAUGGGAGGAUGGCAGGAUGGGAGGAUGGGGGGAUGGGAGGGUGGUGGGAUGGGAGGAUGGUCGGAUGGUCGGGUGGUGGGAUGGCAGGACGGCACGACGGUCGGGUGGUGGGAGGGGAGGACGGCACGACGGUCGGAUGGGAGGAUGGGAGGAUGUGAUAAUGGGAGGAUGGUCGGGUGGUGGGAUGGCAGAACGCCACGACGGUCGAAUGGUCGGAUGGGAGGAUGGUCGGGUGGUGGGAUGGGAGGAUGGUCGGAUGGUCGGUGGUGGGACGGCAGGACGGCACGAUGGUCGGGUGGUGGGAUGGGAGGAUGGUCGAAUGGUCGGGUGGUGGGAUGGCAGGAUGGGAGGGUGGCAGGAUGGCGGAAUGGCAAGAUCGGAGGAUGGUAGGGCAGCAGGAUGGUAGGAUGGAAGGGUUGCAGGAUGGCAGGAUGGGAGGAUGGGAGGAUAGGAAGAUGGGAGGAUGGAAGGAUGGGAGGAUGGCAGGAUGCGUGGAUGGGCGGAUAGGAGGAUGGGAGGGUGGUGGGAUGGUCGGAUGGUCGGGUGGUGGGAUGGCAGGACGGCACGACGGUCGGGUGGAGCGGUGGAGCUAGACCAUCGUAUGGUGGGGUGUCGCGUUGAAGCCCGACCAUCGGAUGGUGGGUUGUCGCGUCGAAGCCGGACCAUGAG